CAAAAAUGCCAGUGAGCUGAUGGUGCUGGGGAGGAAGGAGGUAGUACCUAGCCUAUUUCCUUAAUCUAUCCAGGAGUAGCAGACUCUCGAGCCGCAACACACUUAUGAGAAGUCUACUAAAGUAGUGCCUGAAACAGGUGGUUUCUCCCUCGCACAGCUACACACAACAUAUACGCUUUUUUUGUUUUGAGACGGACCGGCAUCACCUCAAAAUGAAUUCGCUCUCAGCUUGGUUUUGGAGUGAGAGUUUCUGGCUUCCACCGAAUGUUACUUGGGCGGAACUCGAGCACCCACCACCAGGACAGGAGUACCCCAGAGCUGGCCACCUACUCUCCUGCUUACCGCUGGCUUUUGGCGUGUUGGCUGUCAGGGUGUUAUUUGAGAGGCUAGUAGCCAAGCCCUGUGCCAACAUACUUCAGAUUCAGGCUGGAGUGAGCCGGCGAGCCCAGCCCAACGCUGUCCUGGAGAGGGUGUUUACAUCCACAACGAGUCCAGACUCGCGGCGGGUCGAGGGGCUGUCUAAGCAGCUGGACUGGGAUGUGCGGAAAGUCCAGAGAUGGUUCCGACUCCGGAGGAACCAGGACAAGCCCAGUACUCUCACAAAGUUCUGCGAGAGCAUGUGGAGGUUGACGUUUUAUACCGGUAUAUUUACCUAUGCGAUUCGCUAUCUGUGGGUGUCUUCUUGGAUGUGGGACACACGGCAAUGCUGGUACAACUACCCAUUUCAGACGCUGAGUCCUGGCCAGUACAACUACUAUGUAGCCGAGCUGGCCUUCUACUGGUCCCUCAUGUUCUCCCAGUUCACAGACAUCAAAAGGAAGGAUUUCCUCAUCAUGUUUGUCCAUCACCUGGCCACCAUAACUCUCAUCACCUUCUCCUACUGUAACAACAUGCUGCGAAUAGGCACUCUGGUCAUGUGUGUCCAUGAUGCCUCCGACAUCGUGCUGGAGUUGGCCAAAUUGGCCAAUUAUGCAAAGUACCAGCGGAUUUGUGACACCGGCUUUGUAGUAUUCAGCAUCGUCUUCUUCAUCACACGACUUGUCAUCUAUCCCUUUUGGAUUAUAUACAGUGUGCUGGUGGAGAGCUGGGAGAUCGUUGGUCCUUACCGGUCCUGGUGGCUGUUGAACGGCCUGCUUCUGGUCUUGCAGUCUCUUCAUGUCUUCUGGUUCUACCUCAUCGCUCGAAUUGCCAUCAAAGCCAUAUUCAAGGGCAAGGUGGCGAAGGACGACCGUAGUGACAUCGAGAGCAGCUCAGAAGAGGAGACGGACACCAAUGUCAAGAGCAGGAACAAGUCACAUCCCAACGGUAGCGAGCAAUCACCAAAAAAAGACAACGGGACCAAUGGCUUCGCCAAAGGUGGAACAUAAGACCACUGAACACUGGGAGAGAAAACCAAACCCUCUCAGGGCUGGUGUGGGUGGUGAAGACGAUGAUACAAUGGACAAUGUUUGCUGCCUUGAGGACCUCUAUUUAUCACUGUGUGUUUCUUUGUAUCAAGUUUACAACUUUGCCUUUGCUUAUAGUGGAAAUAGGGGAGGAAAGUUUUCAUAGACGUUUUACCGGUCAAAAACUGCUUCUUCUUCAUUACUACAAUGUCGUUUUGAUAACUCACUUUUUUUACUUGGAGAGAUAGCUUUAUAGACAAAACCGGUGAUAUUUUAAUGGUUGUAGGAGAUUGUGUGCCUUCCUGAAUAUGCUGCCUCCCCUCAUCUGAGGGGAAAAAAUAAAGUAGAAAUAAUCUGUA